GUACGCGUCAUCGGAUGAUCGCAAGCUCUGACAGUUCCCAGGUAGUGCUUUUACGAUGACAAGUUCGUUCGUAAUUCUUGCAACAAUAAUAGGUUUACACGUGGUUGCAGCUUCAGAUGAGUGGGCGUAUUGGGGUGUAAAUGGUCCAAAAGAUUGGCCAGGAUUAUGCAAAACAGGAAGCAAACAAUCGCCGAUAAAUAUCGUAACCGAGGAAACUGUAAAAGCUGAUCUCGGUGCGCUUAAGUUCAUAAGAUACGAUUUCGCAUUCUUUGGAACAAUUGUCAACAACGGUCACUCGGUACAAAUCGAAUUAGACGGCCUGCCUGUUUACCUCAAAGGCGGAAGUCUACCUUCUACUUACACUUUGGAGCAAAUACACUUUCAUUGGCCCGCCGAGCACACUAUGAAUGGCAUUCGGGACCCGUUAGAAUUACACUUCGUGCAUUAUGAUAACAAGUAUGACAAUGUGUCCGAGGCAUCGCAAUAUGAAAAUGGUGUUGCUGUCGUCGCCACGUUAUUUGAGUUGGACCAGGAAGAUAACUUAGACUUAACGCCCAUUAUGAAAUCGAUGGGAUUGGUAUCGAAAUGGGUAGAGAGAAACGCAGCAACGAUGAAAUCCAAGGUGAUUCCCUAUCUUUUUUUACCCAAGGAUCAUACCAGUUAUUACCGUUACAAUGGAUCUUUAACUACUCCAGAUUGUAACGAAUCAGUUAUGUGGAUAGUUUUUACAAAAAAACUUACGAUAUCCGAGCAACAGAUAAAUAUCUUCAAAAAUGUCGAAACGAGCCACGGUACCUUGAAUUUCAAUUCAAGGCCGACUCAGGCUGUUGGAGACAGAACAAUUUAUCACCAUUUGGACGAAUACUCUACUACCAUUACUUUCGAGCCAAAUUUGUUUGAAAUAUUCUUCAUUUUUGUGCUAAGCAGACUGUUAAAUUGAAGUCGAUGAAUUUGAAACCACCCUCCAAUGAAAAUAUAAAUCUUUCGUAUGAAAAUAGCUGAUGGAUUAUCGACGCUCUCUCGAGAUAGUAAUGGAGCGUAACGAUGCCACCAGAAGGAAAAACGGCUCUCUGCGCUGACGUUCGAGCUUCCUUUCAGCGCAUUAUAGAUCGAAUGGGAACCUAACCACGAUGUACUACAUUUUAUAUGUCGGUUUAUCAGCGAGCCUGUUAUCACAAUUUUCAGUCAAUCCCCACUUUGUUGUUAGCAAAAAUCACUAUUUUCGGGACUUGAAAAACGUGACGAAGAAAAAUUAUAAACAAUGCAACGCGAUAGUUAAAGCUACUUCCAAUUAAUAUAUUAUUUAAAUUCGUUUUUUGCAAACUUAGAAAAAAAACGUUACUAUAUUUUUUAUUACAACAUCUGCUAUAACCAAACUCAUCCUAAUCAGGAUUAUUUUUCCAUUUUCCAUAUGGAAUGGCUGAAACCAUGGAAACCCUGAGACGACUUGUCUAUUUUUAGUACGUUUUAAAACACCCAGAAUGGCCAAUUAUGAUUAUUUUACUUCGAAAAGGAAAAUAUUAAUAAAUAUGCCCGUGGAAUUUUUAAGAUAUUUCAUAUUUUGUAUCAGUGUUCAAUAACUUCAUCCUCGCGUUGAAAUUGUAAUCAUCGCGCUAGAUCGCGUAACAGCGAUGACAGUGAUUAUUAGUUCAUAAAACAUACGCGCCUUGAGUGCUCUCGUUUCCUAGAUCUUUUCAUUUCAAAACACGAAGCUAAUUAAAUUAGCGAAUUAAAUUAAACGAACGCGUUAAAAUUAAUUAUACGAACAUAACUGCUGAACAAUUUCAAAAUGUAAGGAAGCGUGUAAUAAAAUGUUUACACGAUCUUGGCGGAACGUUCGAACACUGAUAUAAAGUCGUAAGUUGACAUAAAGUAAUAUCUUAACACAUUCUCAACCGAUUAGGGAAAUCUUCUUUGCACCAUGUCUCAUCACGAGCUUUAAAAAUACAUAAUUUCA